AGAGAAGGCUCAAUGUCUCACAGAACUACAGUUCCCAGGAUUCCCUAGCCUUCAGCUAAAGUGGUGUCAAACUGGAUUAUUUUUGCAGUGCACUAAGAAGCACGAAUUAAUAUUUCUAAGAGUGCAUAUGUGGCAAUGUCCUUCCUUUUUUUCUUGAGUGUCCUACAUUUUGUGGUGCCUUGUCCUCCUUUGCGGUGAGGACAUCUUGUCACCCUGCCUUUAGAGCGUUUAGGGCUGUAGGGUAAACUAGGGACAGAUGUGUGAGAAUAAGGGGACUCGGGUUGCAUCUGGUUGUAAUUGUUUUGUAUUGUGUCUGUCUUAAUAAUUUCCCACGCAUGGCGACCCUAAGGAGAACCUAUUACGGGGUUCUCUUGGCAAGUUUCAUCAGCGUGUUUGCCAUGGCCAUCCUCUGGGGCUGAGAGAGUGUGACUUGCCCAAAAUCACCACUUGUUCUGGCAAAUGGAUGUCAACAGGAAGCUCUCAGAACAGAAUCAUUGUGCAUCUGGAUUUGGACUGUUUUUAUGCACAGGUGGAAAUGAUCUUCAAUCCUGAAUUAAGAGGCAAACCUUUAGGUGUACAGCAGAAAUAUGUGGUUGUCACCUGUAAUUAUGAAGCCAGAAGCUUUGGGGUCAAAAAACUCAUGUCUGUGAAAGAAGCAAAAGAAAAGUGCCCAGACCUGGUGCUAGUUAAUGGAGAAGACUUGACAAAGUAUAGGGAAAUAUCUUAUAAGGUUACAGAAUUACUGGAAGAAUUUACUCCACUGGUUGAAAGACUUGGAUUUGAUGAAAAUUUUGUGGACAUCACAAGGAUGGUAGAUUUGAGACUAGAACAAUGGAAGAAAGAUGCUUUUUCUAAAAUCACUUUCUCUGGUCACAUAUAUAAUAAGCAGACUGUCACUUUCGAAGAUCCAGCACAUAUACGAUUAGCUGUGGGAUCCCAGAUUGCAGCGGAAUUAAGAGAAGCCAUGUACCACAGGCUGGGCCUUACAGGCUGUGCGGGAGUGGCAUCCAAUAAAUUACUUGCCAAGUUGGUGUCUGGGACUUUUAAACCAAACCAGCAAACUGUUUUGUUGCCUGAGAGCCACCAAGACCUGAUGGUCAGCCUUGACCACAUACAAAAAGUGCCUGGUAUUGGUUUUAAAACUGCAAAACGUCUCAUGAAACUGGGACUUAGUACUGUGUGUGAUCUCCAGUUGUGUUCAGCUGCGAUGCUAGAAAGAGAGCUAGGCAUUUCAGCAACACAGCAUAUCCAGAAACUCAGCAGGGGAGAAGAUGACUCCCUAGUCACACCAUCAGGACUUCCUCAGUCCCUGAGUGAUGAGGACUCCUUUAAAAAGUGCUCUUCUGAAGCAGAAGUGAAAAAGAAAAUCGAAGAACUACUCACCAACCUUUUGCACAGGUUAUCCAAAGAUGGGAGAAAGCCACAUACAAUAAGAUUGACUCUUCGCCAGUUUACGCUUACCAAUAAAUGGUUUAACCGAGAGAGCCGUCAAUGUCCUAUUCCAUCUCAUGUGGUUCAGAGAAUUGGAACAGAUGAUGCCAGCAUCAAGACCCACUUGGUUGCCAUCCUUAUGAAACUGUUCCAUAAAAUGAUAAAUGUGAAGGCUCCAUUUCAUCUGACCCUUCUGAAUGUCUGCUUCUCCAACCUCAAGAAUGCUCCUGCUUCUACCAAGGAGUCUAUUGGGUUUUAUUUAACUCGCCCAUCACCUUCUUCAAGCUGUGGAAAGCUUACUUAUAAAAUGGAGAAUGUGAAUGCUGUAGAACAUGCAUUUCUAGAAGAUCAGGUGAAACCUGAUGAAGUUUUAUCAGAGGCAAGAAACAUAAGAAAUAUACAAGCUCCUCAAGAGACAUUGAGCCUCUCAAAACAGCCUGACAUUCAUGAUGUUCCUCUUCAUGUACUUCCAGCUGAUAUUGACUAUGAUGUCUUUAAUCAGCUUCCAGAAGAAAUAAAAGAGGAAAUUAUAAAUGCUCAGAAGAGAGAAGGAGAUACUGCAGUAACUCUUUUACACAAGACAUUGCCUGCCAGGAUGGAAGAACUGGACAAAACAGAAGACAGAAUAAGCCUCAGUGCCCAUGAGGCUGCAGAAAACAUAUCAGUCACUGAUUAUACAGAAUCUGUGGAUGCUAAAAACUUGUCCCCAGUUCCAUCUCAUUUCUAUGCUUGUGUUCCAGAAGGGCAGAAACAGUCAAAUAACAAAGUCUUCUGUGACGGAGGCGGGAAGGAAGGUCCAGAACUUGUCCUUCCUCCAACUAUUGAUCCCAAGACAUUUUCUGAGUUGCCUGAAGAGAUGCAGAAAGAACUGUUGGAGGAGUGGAAGUGUCAGACUCCUGUUUCCAAAAUGCGGUUGAGCAAAACCCAUGACAAGCUUAAAAUGAAAAAGAAAAGUCUGCCUUCUCCACCACAGCCUAACAGUUUAUUAAGAUACUUUAAACCAAAAUGACUACCAUGCAUACUUGAUACAAAGAUAUAGAUGCAACACCUCUGAGACUAGAUACCUUGAAACUGAGAGGUAGCCUACACAUUCAGCAAAACUGUAUGGCCAAGUUCUAGGACGGCACCAUUUCAGAUAGCAGAUUGGAGAAAAGAUUCAGUUUUUUAUGCAUCGAAGUGUUUUUAAAAAGUGAACAAUACCUCCCUACAUUGAUAAAGAUCCUAGAGGUUAUGUGUUUAGCCUUCCAACUCAUAUGGCCUCUUCUACAUGGCAGGGCUUUAUUUAUUAAAAGUAAUAGUGGGAAUUGUGCAGCCUUCCAAACAUUACUGAAUUGCAUUUCCCAGUAUUUUUCCCAUUGUCUAUGUUGACUAGGGCUGCUGGGAGUUGUAGUCCAACAGUAUUUGGAGGGCUGCACAAAUCCAACUUAGAAAUGCUAUUUGCACCUGUCAUGGGAAGUCCCACACCCUCUAUAAAAACUCAGCCAUAAAUCUUCCUAAGGUAAGGGAAUUCCUAAAAACAAGAUAAUCCCUUUACAUUUAGUAAAGGGAAGAAUGGUGAGAUUUUUUGGGGAAGAAAAUUUCACCAAGCAUUUCUCCUACCAUUUCCUCAGGCACAGAUAUUACAGCACCUAGUUUUCUGACCUACAGAAAGCCAAACAGGAAUGUGAGAUGGAGAAUGCAUGGAAAUAGAAUAGGUCAGAGGUGGACAGUCCACAGUGUGUGGUAGUUUGAGCUGUCUCCACACCAACGUUUGCCUUUUCUCUUUCCUUCUUCCAGUGUGAGAAUUCAGGCCCCAGUUUCCAAAAGGCUGCCUGCCCUGACAUAAAUUGACAUAUGUGCAGGGAACAUCUGGAUCCAGUUGCACUCUUAUGAGGUGGCAAGCUUGAACAAAUCUUGUUUCAGCAUCUGUUCUUAAAAUGGGAAUUAUUUAUGCUGCAAACAAGGUUGUGUUAAAAUCUGGUGAAAUAUGUUCUUGACCAUGUCAGAAGGUUACCAGUUCUUAGUGAUAAAUGUAACUCUUUUUCCCAUUAGAGUGUUGAAAUAGGCCUAAAGUCUUAUAGCCUCUGCUCCUUAAAUAAUUUUAAAGUGGAGUGAAUUUUUAAUGACAUCCUGUUUCUACUUGGGGUGUUGGUAAUCAUGGAAAAGAUUGUGAUUGCCAGAUAUCUGCCAUGUUAAAAUGGUUAAUACGCCAUAUUUACACCAUUCUUGCCUAGAAUGCCUAUGAUAACAUGUAAGAAGCCUCUUGGUUCUUCCCAUUUGUCACUUACAUUCUUAUAUAUUGGCUAUAAGGAGAGCUUUUGCUUUCUGAGUGCAACAAAGGAGGUAUUUAAUAUCUUUAGCUUUGAUAUGAGUAUAAGAUGAGACUUUAAGACUGAUAGAACAUUAUACAUGAUUAGUAUUUACAGUUAUUAGCAUCAUUAUUCAUUGUGAAAGAACAUUAUACAUGAUUAGUAUUUACAAUUAUUAGCAUCAUUAUUCAUUGUGAAAGAAAAUGAACGUGCGAGGUUAUAAUGCACUGGAAGAUUUUGUGGAUGUUUUGGUGAAACAAAUGGGGAUGUGCUACCCUGUCUUCAAACACAGGAGUGAGGAAGAAUUUAAUUCAGAUUAUUAUUCUUAUUACUAUUGUAUAAAAAUGGUCUGAAUUUACACUUCCUGAAUCUGUAUAAAAACUGAAAUGCAGUUAUCCUUUGGUAUACAUGUUUUGCAGAAUUUUGUGGUGCACUUUUCUCAACAAAGGAAGCAUUCAACAAUAUGUAUAUUGAGGAAACAUUCACAGAGAAAUGUGACUGUUACAGGAGGAGAUGUACAAAUAUAACAAGGAAAAUGCAAUAAAUGUAUGUAUUGGGAA